GUAUAAAAAUAAAUAAAUGCAUAAAUAAAUAUAUGAAUCAAUAAAAUGCCUGUUCAGUUCCAGAGUCAGCACGCAGCUUUUAGAGGAACCCGGCGGAUUUUUCUCUGAAGCGCGCGCAGGAGCGGAGAGAAGCGCGAGGCGGAACAGUUGGGAAGUUUGUUGGCGGGAUCUCGCUCUGUGCGCGCGAUGGCGCGUCGCUCUGCGGCUGUGUGGCUCGGAGUGCUGGCGCUGGCGGCGCUCACAGCGGGGCAGAACGACACGGAGCCCAUCGUGCUGGAGGGGAAAUGCCUGGUGGUGUGCGACUCGAACCCGGCCACAGACACCAGAAGCUCUUCAUCUCCGCUCGGCAUCUCAGUGCGCGCGGCCAACUCCAAGGUGGCGUUUUCAGCCGUCAGGAGCAACAACCACGAGCCGUCAGAGAUGAGCAACAAAACGCGGAUCAUCUACUUCGACCAAGUUCUUGUCAACAUAGGAAACUAUUUCACAUUGGACUCUGUAUUUCUGUCCCCUCGCAAAGGCAUCUACAGCUUCAACUUUCAUGUUAUUAAAGUAUAUCAGAGCCAAACUAUACAGGUGAACUUGAUGUUAAAUGGAAAGCCGGUCAUCUCUGCCUUUGCAGGUGACAAAGACGUGACACGAGAGGCUGCUACUAAUGGUGUUCUCCUCUACCUGGACAAGGAGGACAAGGUUUACCUGAAACUAGAGAAGGGAAAUCUAGUGGGUGGGUGGCAGUAUUCCACCUUCUCCGGAUUCCUCGUAUUUCCUCUGUGAAAAAGAGGACACGAUUGCCAGCUGUUCCAUGCGCCAACAACGUAUCACCAUUGUUUAACCGAUCUUUCAGCAUUAACAGAAAGGGCCUGGACUGGAGGCAUUCCUCCAAACACUCAUUCAUUCACUGUUUGCCCAAAGUGUGAAAUGGACCUUUGGAAAAAUAUCGUUGUGGCAUGCGUGUUCCUAUUUUCACAAUGCAAAGACACAUCUAGGGACCUGCUGCGAGUCUUUGUUGCCUUCAUAUAUUUAACAAAUUCGACUGAAGUAUUUAGCGUCUUUCAAAGCUGUGGAUUUUUCUUACCAUGCGUCAAAUAUUAUUUACUUUUCUGAUGUCUGUAGGGUAAGUCGGUGUGUUGCAUUAACUGAUUAAUAUAAUAGCACUUAUUUCUUUGGAGAAUUCAGGGGGAACAAAAUUUCCUUUUAGUGCUUAUACACAUUGUAGGGAGCUCUAGAAUAAAUUAAUAAUAAUGUAUAUUUAAAGUCAACCUCAGCUCAAUAAAAAAAUAUUGAUCCAAACCAGAACUUUUGAAGAUUUCCUUUCUUAUA